CCGGGGUCGGUGGGCCGCGGGGUCGGGGGUCAGGGGUCAGAGGUCAUGGGCAACAGCGCGCUCCGCGCCCACCUGGAGACGGCGCAGAAGACGGGCGUCUUCCAGCUGACGGGCCGCGGGCUGACCGAGUUCCCCGAGGAGCUGCAGAGGCUGACGAGUAACCUCAGGACCAUCGACUUAUCCAACAACAAGAUGGAGAGCCUGCCUCCCUUGCUGAUCGGGAAGUUUACCCUGCUGAAGAGCCUCGCCCUGAACCACAACAAAUUGACCGUUCUGCCGGAGGAGUUGUGCAAGCUGAAGAAACUAGAGUCCCUGCAGCUGAACGACAACCACCUGACCCAGCUCCCGGCGUCUUUCGGGCAGCUGUCGGCCCUCAAGACCCUGAGCCUCUCCGGGAACCGCCUGCGGGCCGUGCCCGCCCAGCUCUGCGACCUCCGCCACCUGGACGUGGUCGAUCUGUCCAAGAACCAGAUCCAGAGCGUGCCCGACUCCGUCGGCCAACUGCAGGCCAUCGAGCUCAACCUCAACCAGAACCAGAUCUCUCAGAUCUCCGUGCGGAUUUCCCGCUGCCCUCGUCUCAAAGUCCUCCGCCUGGAAGAGAACUGCCUCGAGCUCAGCAUGCUUCCCCAGAGCAUCCUCAGCGACUCCCAGAUCUCCCUGCUGGCCGUGGAGGGCAACCUCUUUGAGAUCAAGAAACUCCGAGAACUGGAGGGCUACGAGAAGUACAUGGAGAGGUUCACGGCCACCAAGAAGAAGUUCGCAUGACGUCAGCCGGGACUACGGGCGCCGCACGGUCACGUGGAAGCGGAAUCGGGAGCAGGGGCCCCGCUGGCCGAAGGAACGGUCUCUCCCGCCGUCGCCCAGGAUGACCGCGGUGGGCAGGUGAAGUAAGCGAAGGGGCACGGACCCCGGAGCAGACCACCACCCCUCCCCCCCCCCCCCCGGGCACGUCCGCUGCCGCUUCCUUUUCGAGGCUCGCCGUGACCAAGCUAAACCGGAGAGGGUCCAGAGACGACGGAGGGUCCUUCGCCGCGGGCCAGGCCGAGGGGGACGCGUCUCCCGAGCGUCACCGGGUGCGGGACCCGGCUGCCGUUUCCAGGGUGCGCCGAGAUCCUGCCCGCCAAAUAGUUUGCUUGGAAAGCCUGUAUUUAACUUCCGCAUGUCACCCAUCGCUCCUUCACGUUAAACCCCCCCCCCCCCCCAAACCCUCCCUUUGGAUACUUUUAUGAAGCACAAGAAGUCCCGAGGCCGUUGCGAUUCAUCCUCAAGUGCAGGGUUCUGGCGGUAUCGUUGACGCUAAGCAGUUCGGAUCAGAGUCUGCUGGAUUCUCUGCUAGUCUAGAUCAUUGUUUUUCCCCCCUCCAUGUUGGUUUGUCCACCGUGUCUGGUUCGGAUGGGCAGUGGGUUGAACCCGGGCUCCUUCAGACUCGUUACUUUAGAAAGAUUCUCAUUAGGGGUGCGGCCUUGCGCGUGGAAGUGCCUAAAUCACGUAUGCGCGACAGUAACGGGGAAAGCAUCGUAGCCAAGAUAUUCCGGAAGCUUUUGAUUAGAAGUACCGGCUAAUCCACCUCAGACCUCUGUCCCUUUGCUUUCGUAACGCCUAUUCACAAGCCAUCGCUGAGACAAUUUUGGUUUUUUUAACACUACUGUGUAGAUCGGGGUGUUCUCUGUAAAAUGGUCUGGAGGAUGUAUAAAAUUAAACCUGUUUUUCAAACGA